AUGAUUGUCGAGAAAAUUCGAGAGCUUCUUGCCCUCAUUCACGUCAGGGGAUCUUUUCCAUAUACUUCAUUCGAGUGCAUCAGCCUAGGUGCAUCUGUGCUUCUCCUACUGACAGUUCUGGCUUUGCUGCUUGUGGUCGACUAUGGCCGCAUGUUGUAUUUUCAUCUCAAGAUGCCACCAGGACCACUCCCGUUACCUAUCAUUGGAAAUACACAUCUCUUGCCCAGUGAGAAGCCAUGGAUAUACUUCGAAAGUCUCGCGAAAGAAUAUGCCAGCGAAAUUCUAGACAAACGUGCCGCGACCUACGCCUCUCGACCACGCAUGGUCGUUUUCAGCGAACUAGGUGCCGGUCAGUCUAAUAUGGUCAAUAUGUACUAUGGUGACAGAUGGCGAUUGCAUCGGAAGUUGACCCAUAUGGGGGUUGGUCUUCAGCAAGUCCGCAAUUACCGUGGCUUCCAGAACGACGAGAGUAAGGUCAUUGCGUUCGAUCUCCUCCGAGAACCGACGGAGUUCGUUAAGCAUUUCGAAAGGUAUGCAACGAGUGUUGUGUCCAUAAUUGGGUUUGGCCGACGUGUCGCUACCUGCACCGAUCCUAUCAUCACAGAGGUCAUUGCAGUCAUGCAACGAGCUGCUGAGCUGAAUGUUCCUGGGAAAAGCUUUCCGAUGCUGAUGGAGUCGUUCCCUUUUCUUGCAAGGUUCCCAAAUUGGAUGGCACCUUGGAAGCAGGGAUUAGGAAACGGAAAAGGGAGGGGCAGGCCAUUCUUUUACGCCCUGGCCGAAGAAGCCGCGACAAACCUAGAGACCAGACAGUGUUAUGCAAAGAAACUCUUCGAAGAAGGACCAAAACACAAUCUGUCGAGAAUGGAGAUCUCUUCCCUUUCGGGGAAUUUAUUCGGAGCUGGCAGUGACACGUCAAGCUCCACCCUAGUGACUUUCGUGCUUGCCUGCUGCGCCUUCCCUGAAACCCUUCCCAGCGCGUGGGAGGAGCUCGACCGGGUGGUGGGACCACACCGGAGUCCGACAUUCCACGAUGAGGCGGAGCUGCCGUACAUCAAAGCGUUUGUGAAGGAAGUGCUACGGUGGAGAUCGGUCGCGAUCAUAGGAGGCCAGCCACAUGCGCCGAUCAAGGACGAUCAUUAUAAGGGUUGGCUGAUCCCUCGUAAUACAUGGGUCCAGGGAAAUGUCUGGGCUAUUCACCACCACGAGCGGGAAUUUCCCGAUCCGGACCGGUUUAAUCCGCAUCGGUAUAUCAAGGGCAGUCCUGACGCCCGUCCGUUUCCUGGUGAGAAAGGUUAUAUGACCUUCGGAUGGGGCAGACGGGUGUGCAGUGGUCAGGGGUUGGCGGAACAGGGUACCUUCAUUACCAUUGCGAGACUGCUUUGGGGGUUUAGAAUCGAGAAGGCUUUGGACCAAGAGGGAAACGAGAUUCCCGUGGAUAUCUUUGACUAUACUAACGGCCUUAAUAUGCGACCCAAUCCUUUCAAGUGCCGAAUCACUCCUCGCAGCCCGGGGAUCCGUGCUACUAUUGACAGGGAAGGUCGACAGGCACUGCAGGACCUCUCCGAGUAUGACGGGGAUACCAAAUAUCGUAUGAGCACAUAUUACGCUACAGAGAAAUUGUGA